AGGGUUGAUAAAGACAGGAGUGGAGUAAUAUCUGAUAAUGAACUUCAGCAAGCACUAUCCAAUGGCACGUGGACUCCGUUUAAUCCAGCAACAGUGAGGUCAAUUCUUGGCAUGUUUGACAGAGAAAACAAAGGGGGUGUGAACUUCAAUGAAUUCACAGGAGUCUGGAAGUACAUCACAGAUUGGCAGAAUGUGUUUCGAACGUAUGACAGAGACAAUUCUGGGAUGAUUGACAAAAAUGAACUAAAACAAGCACUAACAGGUUUUGGUUACCGACUGUCUGAUCAAUUCUAUGAUGUCCUUAUUCGGAAGUUUGACAGACAAGGAAGAGGACAAGUUGCUUUUGAUGACUUUAUUCAGUGCUGUGUUGUUUUACAGAGGCUGACUGAUGUGUUCCGACGGUACGAUACUGAUCAAGAUGGCUGGAUUCAGGUGUCCUAUGAGCAGUAUCUUUCCAUGGUCUUCAGCAUCGUAUGAUACUGAUAACUAGCAACUGCUCACUGGCAUUACACAGACUGGAGUUGCCAAACUGUCUUGUACUGAAUAAGAUUACUGAUGUAUCAUCAUGGAUAUAACUUCAUAUUCUUAAGUUUUACAUGUUGGUCAUCACAUUCAGAAUCUGUACUUGAGUUGAUUUUUAUUUUGUAUGAGUAUGAUAUGACCAUCUCUGCUUACUGUAGGACAGAAAGCACAGAAUCUAGAUUUAAGUGGUGCAAUGUCAAACUUAACCUUCUUCCACAUAUCCUGCAUGGGUUAAAACAAGUCUUUAGAAAUGCCAAAUUAAAAUCAUGCUUGUUAGUUGGUAAGAAUUGAAAGUCAGAAGUUGCACAACAUGUUUUGCAUGUGCCUUACUUUUAUAAGAGUUUAAUGUAUUAAUUUUUAAUACAGAAUUUAAAAUUAAGUAAAAAUAUUAGA